AAUAUGAUAAUACUAUCUUUAUUAGCUUUGUUUAGUCUUUUAAAUAUAAUAAAUGCAACUUGUGAACUUGUUAAUGGUUAAUGCCCAGUAGGAUGUAAUACAAUUUUCGGAGUAUGUGUUUCUGAGAACUGUUUUGAUUUUACAGAAAAAUUAGGUGAUAAAUAAACAAAUCCAUUUAAAGGAACAACAAGUUAUGUAGAUGGAACAGUUGAUUUAAAUAUAACUAUAACUUAUACAGACUCAAAAUUUAAUGAUGUAAUAUUAAAAGGAAUUACAAAAGGAGAAAAUGAAUAAUCAUGUUUAUCUCUGAAAUUGUAUAAAUUCCAAAAUAAUUAAUACCUUAUAAGAGAAGAAUCAAGUUAUAAAUUAAAUUACAUAAAUGAUGGUUCAAGUACAAGAUCAUUUUAAUUCACAAUUCCAAGUAAAGAUUUUGUAAAAGAAUUGUAAUUAUCAGAAGAUGGAAAUAAAUUUUAAUUUCAUGGAUAUUAUAGUUUUGAUUUCUUGAUUGGAACUAAUUUACAGAGAGUUCUAUACUUUGACUUUAUUGCAGGAAUAGAAAAAACAACAACAUAAAAUAUUGAUACUAAUUUUGGAAGUUUGUCUUAAUACUUGACAUUGAAUUGUUCAGGAGAAUGUAUUACAACAGCCACUAGUUCUCUGUAAUUCUGUUCUGAUUAAGAAUGUACUAAAACUACAGAUAAAGCUAAUCUAUAUUUGAAUGAUUAGAUAUGGUUAAAACAUACUUUAACAAAGUAAGGAACAGAAGGUUUUUACUUAACGAAUCCUGAAAUCUAUUUUACAGGAGAUAAGUUAUUUAAAAAAGCAACUAUUAAAGAAAAAAAGCUUAAUUAAAAAGGAUUUGCAUUAUAUUUGAUUAAAGUUGAGAUUGCUUGGACACCUGUUUCAAUAUCUGCAAAAGCAAUUCUCUCUUCAACACCAGGAGCACGAAUUUUGAGAGAAUCAUCUAGAUUAUUAGAUGAAACUUAAUCGUAAGCUGUUGGAGUUACAUCUGAUAUAGAAUGUGUUAAAAAUAAAGAUACUAAUGAAUGCAUUGAAUGUGACUAAACAAAACCUGUUAAUAAUUAAGAUGAUCCAUAAGAAAAUGGAUGUCCUAUUGACAGUCACUCUGGUAUGAUUAUUGGAAUAAUGAUUUUGAUGAGUCUAUUGAUUUGAUUUAUUGAUUUAUUAAUUUAUUUUAUUCUAAUUAAAUUAGUACAAAACUUCUGG